GGACCUAAAAAGACAAAAAAAAAAAAAAAAAAGAGAAUGAAGAAAGAAAGAAAGAAAGAAAGAACGAAAGAAUUGAUUCAAGCUUCUGAAGAUUAAGGCAUUUGGCAUUCUAAGUGCUUUACUAGAUGGGUAUCAUAAAUAUUGUAGGUAAUGUGUAUUGAACAUAAUAAGAGAUCAACAAACUAUAGCGUUGGUAUUAAUAUUGGCAUUAUUUUCAGUGUUAGGCUUGCUGCUAUUUCUCCUGAUCAGAAGCAGUCUCAGAUGCUAGAAGUAAUGUUGGAUUAGAAAUUGGGAGACUUCUGAUCUGGAUUCUGCUCUUCAUGUGACCUUUGGCAAGUCCCUUCUUUUCUUUAGGGCUUCGUUUAUGUGUAAAAUGAGGAAUGUAGAGUAGAUGGCCUCCAAAGAAUUGUUUUUAUACUAGUCUGCCAGUAAGACUUGACUGUCAGUAGCUUUGCCAGCAGAAGGGAGGAGUUUUGCACCCUGUCUCAUUGAGGGAACUGGGUAAUCACCGCCAUGGAUUUUUUAAGGCAGACUGCCUGAUGCAUGCUCAAAACAACCACUUGGUUGACCUGCGGUGACCCACACUCAGAGAUCAGCUGUUGGGAGGGAACGGUGCCUCAGGGCAUGGUAGUUACCAGCUAACCUUCGUGGUCCCUUCCUCCUCUGAGUUUUUAGAGUCUUUGAUAGCCAGGGUUAAGAUUGCCUAACAUGACAUUUUACCUGGUUUCAUAAAACAUGCAAUUCCAAUACCUUGGAAGUCGUAAGUGAUUUAGAAAAGAGAUGCAAAAGCUGGACCAGAGGGAAGAUGGGAGCUAGCCUCAGGGCUACGUAUUCUCGUGGGUCCACGACGCUGGCAUGUUCAGCUUCCCAAUGACUUUGCCUGGGUAGGUACUACUGUACUUACUGCGUGAAUGAGGAAACGGCACCCUCACAGUUAACAGGACACAGGAACCGAGACUCACUACCCUUUUUCUUUUUCGCAACACCACGCUGCCCCCUUGAACGUGCCAUGGUGCUACAGAAGCCAAGUAAGGUGGAAGUAGGAAGAGUUCCUGCCUACGUGAAAUUACCACCUGUGGUAAGGGUUUUUCCUAGCUUAGUAAAAUGUGAUUUUUGAAGUAGCUGCGUGUUUUGUGCUUCUUCUUGGAGCAGUGGGGAAAGAGAGCCUCACUAAGGGGUAGCUGGUGUCACUGCCCUCCUGCCAGUUGCUCUGUUUCUAGCUGGUCCCCUCCUCCCUCAUUGAAACAUUGUUUUCACUGUCUGGAAACCAUCACCACUUGAGUGAUGAGUCAAUGACAUAGCAAACUCUUUGAUUUUCUGAUUCAAGACAGAGUUGUCAUUUUAAUAUCGACCCUCCACGCAGACUGAAUGAAGGAUGUUUACAGUUGAUAGGAGGUUUCAUUUUAUUGGAAGAUACCUCAUUUACUUGAAGGUCUUUGGGGUUCUGAGUUUCUUAUAAAUGAAGAAGCUGUUUUACCUGGUCAUUCAGAGAAAAUGAGCAAGUUUGUGUUUAGAUCGAUAUACUAUGUGAACUCAAAUUUAUCCUCUAUUUUCAUAUGUAGGGGUGUGUGUGUGUGUAUAUAUAUCCUAUAUAUAUAUAUAUGUCUUACGUAUAAACAUUUUUAAAUUCCUGUAAAAGCCAAUCGAACAUCUUACUGUUUAAAGAAUGUUAUAGCUUCACCAUCAUUUCCCACCUGGGUCUCUGCAAUUGCUUCCUCGCUGGUCUGCCUGCUUCUACUCUGGCCUUCACACAGAGAGCCAACUACUUUUUUCUGUGCGUUUGCUUUUGUAUCUGUGUGUGUUUAAGGUAAUUAAUAUCUCAUAACACCCCAAUUAAAACCCAGUUAAAUGAAUAAAUAAAACCUCUAAUUAUUCACCAGUGGUUUCCCUAGAUUUGAGAGUAAAGUCUAGGCUCCCUUCCAUGGCAAACAAGCCCAAGGUAGCUCUGGUUCCCACCUUCGUCUCCAAUUUCAUUUCAUACCAUCCUCUCCACAAUCACUUUCCCCAGGUUCCCUGAUCUUAUUUCUGUGUCUCACCCACAGCAGGCAUGUUUCUCUGCCUCCAGGCUUUGCACUCACCCUUUUCUCUGGCAGGAAGAUUCUUUCUGAAUCUUCACCUGACCUAUGCCAGUCUCAGCUCAAACCUCGCCUCUUAGAAAUGCCUUUGUUGAUCUGCUUCUCCCCUCCCCAGGUUCUCUCUCUCCCUAGCCUCUCAUGUUCUUUUAUCAUUAUUUGAAUGUAUUUGUUAUUUAUUUAUUUGCGUUCUGACUAUCUGCUAUGGAAUAUUGGUCCCAUGAGAGCCGAAACCCCGUCUUUGUUCUCUCCUUUCUCCCAAGCCCUUGGCACCAAGCAACUGCUCAAUCCAUAUUUGCUGAAUAAAUGACUGAAUAAAAGGUGUCUGAGCUGAGGUGGGGUGGAUGAGUAAGACUUAGCCAGUCUAAGAACAGUGGAAAGAUAAGAGACUCAUGUGAACAAAGACACAGAAGCAGGAAUUGGCAUCCUUAUGGCAUGAUAUAUGUGGGGAACUAGAAGCAGCAGCUGAGUGUUACUAGAAAGUAGGGUCAGUAGUGAGUGGCGGGUGUGGCUGCUGAUAAAGACAGGAGUUAGCUCACCGAGCCCAUUGUCUGCCAUGACCUUGGGCUUUAGGAUUUAUGAUUUAGAGAGAGGGAGACUGUCAGAUUUCAGUUUAGAUUAGUGGUUCUCAACCAUGUUUAACCAAGACCCAGAGAAUACAUUCAUAUAAUCUGUAAACUGAGACUCAUCCCCAGAAUUUAGAGGCCACCACAUUCCUUGGCUCACAGCCCUCUUCCUCCAUCUUCAAAGUCAGCAGACACAGUCCACACAUCGCAGCUUCUGCCUCCCUCAUCCACUGAAGCAUUUGCAUGAUUUGAUUGGGUCUGCUUGGAUAUCCAGGAUAAUCUCUGCACCUGAAGUUCCCUAACUUUAACCACAUCUCUAGAGUCCCUUUGUCAUGCAGCAUAAUAUAUUCACAGGUCCUGGGGAUUUGGGCGAGGACGUCUUGGGUGGGUCACUGUGCUGCCCACUGCAAGGAUGUUUCUAUUGAAUUUUGUAUAGCUCAUCUUCCAACACCUACCCUCAUUCAUGCCAUCCUUCCCUUCUUUCUUCCAAUAAAUAAGUAUGGAGUACUCUUCCUCAAUGCCAAGUGCUGGCAUACAGCAUGAGCAAGACAGUCAAUGUUUCUGCUCCCAUGGUGGCUUAAAUUCUAGCAAGAAGAUAGAUGAUAAGCAAGGAAUCAAGUAAAUAAACUAGAUAGUCACCGGCUGUACCAUAAACGCAAUAAACAAAUGAUAAGAUGCAUAGGAAGGAGCUGGGCAAGACCAUUUUGGCAGGGUGGUCAGGGAGGGUUCUCAGAGGAAGUGACACAUGAUCUGAGAUCUGAAGGAUGUAAGUCAGUCAGCCACUAAGAGCCAGGGGAAGAGGAUUCUCGCAGAGGAAAUGAAAAGUGCACGGUCCCCGGAGCAGCAAAGGGCAUGUCUUGUUCAGGGAACCGUCUGAAGGCCAGUGUGAAUGACGCAGAGCUGGGAAGGCAAAAGAUUAGAGCCAGUGAUGGUGGCAAGACAGGAGAUGUGAAGCCAGGUAGUGGCCGAGAGUCCGAUGUGGGAAAAUACAGAGAGGUGUAUCCCAGAGUUGACUGUUCAUGGCACGAACAGUUUGCGGGUGCUCAUGGGCCCUUAUUUUUAUCAUCAUGUCACUCUUGGUUAAGGCAAAAAUAGAUGUGUGCAAGAGAGGGGAUGUGACGGUGCAGCCUUCCCAUGUAAUUUCACUUGGAUCAGCUGUCAACAUUUCAUGCUCUUUGAAGCCCAGGCAAGGCUGCUUACAAGUCUCCAGUUUAAACAAGCUAAUCCUCUACAGGUUCCACAGGAGAAUCCACUUUCAGCGUGGUCACUCCCUCAGUUCUCAAGUCACAGGUCUUCCCCUGGGUACCACCCUGUUCGUCUGCAAACUGGCCUGUAGCAGUAAGGAGGAGAUUCGAAUAUGUGGGGCCGAGAUCUCGGUUGGUGUUGUUCCAGAACAGCCUCAAAACGUAUCUUGUAUGCAGAAGGGAGAACGUGGGACAGUGGCCUGCAGCUGGGACAGAGGACGAGAUACCCAUCUAUAUACUGCAUAUACUUUACAAUUAAAUGGACCAAAAAAUUUAACUUGGCAGAAGCAAUGUAGCGAUUAUUAUUGUGACUCUUUGGACCUUGGAAUCAACCUACCCCCUGAAUCACCUGAAUCUAGUUACACAGCCCAGGUUACUGCCAUCAAUAGUCUAGGGACUGCGUCUUCAUUUCCAUGCACAUUCACAUUGUUGGAUGUAGUGAGGCCUCUUCCUCCGUGGGACAUCAGAAUCAAAUGUGUAAAUGCCUCCGUGAGCACAUGUACCCUGCAAUGGAGAGAUGAGGGGCUAGUGCUGCUUAAUCGACUCAGAUACCGGCCUGUUUACAGCAGAUCCUGGAAUAUGGUUAAUGCUACAAAUGCCAAAGGAAGACAUGAUUUGGUGGAUCUGAAACCCUUUACAGAAUAUGAAUUUCAGAUUUCCUCUAAGCCACAUCUUCAGAAGGGUAGAUGGAGUGAUUGGAGUGAAUCAUUGAGAACUCAAACUCCAGAGAAAGAGCCUACAGGGAUGUUAGACGUCUGGUACAUGAAACAGCACAUUGACUACAAAAGACAACAGAUUUCUCUUUUCUGGAAGAAUCUGAGUCUAUCAGAGGCAAGAGGAAAAAUCCUCCACUAUCAAGUGACCUUGCAGGAGGUCGCAGAGGGGAAUGCCACACUGCAGAAUAUCACUGAACGCAACUCCUGGACCUGGACCAUACCCAGAACUGGCAUCUGGGCUGCGGCCGUGUCUGCAGCUAACUCCAAAGGCAGUUCCCUGCCCACUCGUAUUAACAUAGCAGACCUGUGCGGAGCAGGGUUGCUGGCUCCUCAGCAGGUUUCUGCAAACCCAGAGGGCUCGGACAACCUCCUGGUGAAGUGGACGUCUCCGGGGGAAGGUGCCACUGCUGUGCAGGAGUAUGUGGUGGAGUGGAGGGAGCUCCAUCUGAGGGGUGGCAUGCAGCCCCCUCUAAGCUGGCUGCGGAGUCCCCCCUACAACACGUCCACCCUCAUCUCAGACAACAUAAAACCCUACAUCUGUUAUGAAAUCCGAGUGCACGCACUUUCAGGGGACCAGGGAGGAUGCAGCUCCAUCCGGGGUGACUUGAAGCAUAAAGCACCACUGAGUGGCCCCCACAUUAAUGCCAUCUCAGAGGAAAAGGGGAGCAUUUUAAUUUCAUGGGACGAAAUUCCAGCCCAGGAGCAAAUGGGCUGCAUCCUCCAUUACAGGAUCUAUUGGAAGGAACGGGACUCCGAUUCCCAGCCUCAGCUCUGUGAAAUUCCCUAUAGAGUCUCCCCCAAAUCACAUCCCAUCAAUAGCCUGCAGCCCAGAGUGACAUACGUCCUGUGGAUGACAGCUCUGACAGCUGCUGGCGAAAGCCCCCAAGGAAAUGAGAGGGAAUUUUGUCUGCAAGGUAAAGCCAAUUGGAGCACAUUUGUAGCACCAAGCAUUUGCAUUGCUGUCAUCACAGUGGGCGUUUUCUCAAUGCGUUGCUUCCGGCAAAAGGUAUUUGUUCUCCUUUUGGCCCUCAGACCUCAGUGGUGUAGCAGAGAAAUUCCAGACCCAGCCAAUAGCACUUGGGCCAAGAAAUAUCCCAUUGUGGAGGAGAAGAAACAGCUGUCCCUGGAUAGGCUCCUGGCAGACUGGCCCACUCCUGAAGAACCUGAGCCCCUGGUCAUCAAUGAAGUCCUUCCUCAAGUGACUCCAGUCUUCAGACGCCCCCAUCAUCCCAACUGGCCAGGAAAGGGACAAAGGCUCCAAGGUCACCACGCCUCUGAGGAAGACACAGGGUCCAGUGCCUCAAGUCCACCACCUCCAAGGGCUCUCACAGCAGAGACAGGACCCGCAGUGGAUCUGUACAAGGUGCUGGGGAGCCGACGCCCUGACUCAAAGCCGGGAAACCCAGUCAGCCACUUGACGGUCCUCCCCGUGGACUACCUGCCUACCCAUGAGGGUUACUUACCCUCCAACAUGGAUUAUCUCCCUUCACAUGAAGCUCCCACAACAGACUCUCUGGAAGAACUGCCUCAGCACAUCUCUCUUUCCGUUUUCCCCUCAAAUUCCCUUCACCCGCUGACCUUCUCCUGUGGUGAGAAGUUGACUCUGGAUCAGUUGAAGAUGGGGUGUGGCUCUCUCAUGCUCUGAGUGGUGAAGCGUGAUGUUUGGAAAGUCAGUGUGGCCCCAGCCAGCAAAGCAUGGCCUGUCUACCCAGCCUCCUGCUCCGGGAUCAUCGCCCCUGGGCGCUACCAUUAGGUCUGGUUCCAACUAGAGGGCAGGCAAACCAGCUUAGGGCAAAUCUCAGGAACUGAGAGUUGGCUGUAACCCAGAUACCUCACACUGCCUUCUCCUGAGCCUCGAGACUACGUCCCCCACUCUGUGGACCUGGAGACUCCAACUUGGGUACCUGCAACUCUCUUGGCUAUGUUGGCCAGAAAGGGACAAGGCAAGAGUAGAAACCAAAACUCGUUGAAUCAGAGCUGCAGCUACCAGCCUACACCAGCCACAGCAACACAGGAUCCGAGCCACCUGUGCCACCUACACCAUAGCUCACGGCAACAUCGGAUCCUUAACCCACUGAGUGAGGCCAGGAAUUGAACCUGCAUCCUCACAGACACCAUGUCAGGUUCUUAACCCACUGAGCCACAACAGGAACUCCACAUUUUUUUUUUUUUUUAGGGCUGCACCUGUGGCAAUAUGGAAGUUUCCAGCCUAGGGGUCAAAUUGGAGCUACAGCUACCAGCCUGUGCCACAGCUACAGCAAUGCCAGAUCUGAGCCACAAGUGCGACCUACACCACAGCUCGUGGCAACACCAGAUCCUUAACCCACUGAGCAAGGCCAAGGAUUGAACCCACAUCCUCAUGGACACUAGUCGGAUUUGCUUCCACUAAGCCACCAAGGGAACUCCCAGAUUUUUAAAAAUAAUAAAUUCUACAGUACUACAUGAUCCAUUGUUGGAUGAACCCAUGGAUACAGAAGCACAGAUACAGAAGGCCAACUAAAAGUUAUACGCUGAUUUUCAACUGUACGGGGAGCUGGUGCUCCUAACCCCAUGUUGUUCAAGGGUCAUCGUAUAAAGCAGCUACUACAAACCAGGUCUUAUGUCUAGAUGAGAACUGUCCACCACAUCGGCCAUUGACCACUUUGGAAUAUACCUCUAGUAUGACUGAGGAGCUGGUUUUUAUUGUAAUUAAAAUAGUCACAUAUGGCUCUUGGCUACUAUACUGGAGAGCACAACUCUAAAUGACUAUUAAGACAAUAUGAAGAAAAUUUCAUUUUUGUCUAAUUGCAAUUAAAAGAAGAUGUUAAAAUAUCCAAAUGAAAAUAAAAUUAAUACUUUCCCAAAAAACGAUGAAUAUAUUAGUGAGAAUUACUGGGCACCUUCAAAAGAGAUUGAUCAGGUUUUACAUAUGAGAGCAUAAAAGACCCUGGUGAAUACCAAUUUAAGAGGCUCCCAAGAUGGUCAUUAUUUGUAGAAGCCUAAAAACACACCUUUUCCCUUCGUUUUGCUAGUUUAUUUUGCCUUAACCCUUUCUCAGUGAAUCAGCAGCAGCUUGAUGGUGGAAAUUACUGCUAUACCCACAUGGGACCUUGGGCAAGCAGCCUCCUCUCUCUUAAAUCUGAUGUCUUGUGGAGGGGUGAGUCAAAGCUCCUCUGACCUCUUUCUGCUGCAGCUGAUGCUGCCUUUAAGACCAGGUCUACCUCAGGGUCUAAGACCAAACUGCCAAGAUUGCACUCUAAGUCGUCCCUUCUCUAGGCAUCCUGCUUUGCUUCCUCAGGAAGACUGAGCUGGUCCUUAGCUCAAGUUGAGCCUGGAAGAGAAUCCUCUUCUGCAGCAUGUACUUGGAAAACUUGGAAGCUGUGACCUCUGGCUUGUCACCCUUCCUUCAUCCUUCACUGCCUCCAUCCUUUAACGACAGGCUCUUCUGCUAAGCUGAUAGAGAGGAAUCUUGAUCUAAAUGCUAAUAGUACCUUUCCCAAAAGAACAGGACAAAAAAUCCAGCAACGUUUUUCUUAAAUCCCUGUUAAGGCUGAGUCCUAUACCCUACCACCAUCCCACCCAACACUGGAACUAAGGGGACUUUGGUUUACCACAUAUUCCCCAGAGCUCUAGAAAUUGAAAUGAGUAUUUAUUCCAUUUGCUCAUGUCUGACUCUUCUUACCAUUUCAGACUUGUUUAGUUCUCCCAGGCUUCAUUUGAAAAGCUUAAGCUUCUUCCUUACAUCUCUAUUCUACUCUUUUUAGCUUCUUUGUGGCCUCUCUAUACCAUGGUUCCUUGCAUCUCGGCAGCAUCAGCAUUGGCUUGUUUGUACCCAGGAUGUGGAGCCCCUUGUUUGACGGUUUGUAAUAGGCCAUGACAAGCUGCCACCUCAGAAACAGGCCAACCAAGCCAAUUUUUCUUUCUUGCAAUAUCUGCUUUUCCUCUAUUUGCUUUCCUUUUGAUUACCUGAUCACCUUCUUAGUCACUCUUCCCCUCCCUCUUUGGCCUUAACACACAGAUCUGCCUCCCUUUGGCCACCCCCCCCAAUAUGCUUUCCCUUCCCUUAAAAGCCCCACAUGGUACAGCAGUCCUCACUUAACUUCCUAAAAACGUUUUUUAAAAAUUUAAAAGGGAGACUUCCUUGACCCCCAGAGGCUCCUUCUAAGGAUGCAGAGGCCUCCUGCAUGCUCCCCUAGCAAGAAGCACUUACCUCCUUUCCUGGACUGUAAACAGCUUGAAGGCAGGAACCAUGGCAAUCUAUUUCUCCAGCACUGCACCUGGUCCAUAGUAGGCUAUCAAUAAAAAGUAAAAGAUGUCUCCUGCCACUACUUCCAUCUUAUCCCUUUUGUUCCAGCUGUGCCUGCUUCCUUUAUUGAGACAACUGCAUUUGCUUAUAAUCCUCUACAUUCCCAACCCCCAUUCUACCCUGUUUACUGACAGCACUGCUGCAAUAUAUGUAGCAGUUUCAUGUUUUAAAAACAUAUUUGAGCAUUAAAAAAACAUACUUGGCUGCUUACUCUGCCAGAUAAAAUGUCUUCUUUCCAUGAAUGACAAGAUGGGUAACCUCAUUCUAUCUUUGCCCCAAAUAGUUUUUACAUUCUCCCUUCUCACUCACAUGAUGAAAAUUCCAAAUCAGAUUGCCUAGUUUACCAGGACUAGGUAGAGCUCGCCAAUAUUCAUAUAGCCAGGCUUUUAUUCCUCAGGAAAAUUAGCAAUACUUUAAAUUCUCACUCCUGAUAUACAUCCAAAGCCAACCCAGAAAUCUCUGCUCUACUGAAAAACAUCAAAUUCCUUAAUUCUCUGGGCCCUAAAUACUACAAAUAAAGUCCAAGUUCAUUCUCAGAGAAUUCAUGGGUGUCUCUACCAGUUCUUACAUAUAAUCAUUACCUUGAAUUAUUCAUUAAAGGGUCCUCCCAAGGAGUUCCCAUUGUGGCUCAGCAGAAACAAACCCGACUAGUCUCCAUGAGGAUGCAGGUUCAAUUCCCGGCCUCGGUGCCGUGAGCUGUGGUGUAGGUUGCAGACGUAACUUGGAUCCUGCAUUGCUGUGGCUGUGGCAUAGGCCAGCAGCUGUAGCUCUGAUUCAACCCCUAGCCUGGGAACUUCCAUAUGCCACUGGUGUGGCCCUCAAGAAAAAAAAAAAGUGUCCUCCCAGGAGCUAGAAACUCUACUCCCUGGGCCUCUGUCUUCCAUACUAUAGGCAAUACGAAAACCAAACUUGUGUUGUCUAGCUCUUUCCCUUUAGUCCCUUUCCCCCAACCCUGUCCCAAUUUCUCAGUGUCCAUUAAUAGCCACAGCUGCAGCUCACCAAAGCCCAGAGGCUAGUGAAAGAGAUGCCUAGCGAGGCACAUUCUAUUCUAGUCAAUCCUCCAUGUUUGAUUCUUGGUUUUCUCUAUAAGCUCUUUUUCUUUCACCUAAUGUAGUUGUCAUCAAGCCCUCCAAAGGAGGCCUGUUUUUCUCUUUCUAGCCUACAGGACUCAAGGAUGUUCACAUUAUCCACCUUUACGAAAGGCUGAUAGGUGAACCCCCAGAUUAACCACUCUGUAGAAAGGCCUCUUCUUCUCAAAAAAAAAAAAAAAAAAAAAAAAAAAAA